AUGAGUGAAGAAUCUGAAUCUGAAUAUAAAUACAAGGACAAAGAUAUUGUCUGGGUAAAACUUGGCCCAAGCUGGUGGCCAGGAGAAGUGAAAGAUCUUGACAGUUUACCUAAAGAGGAUUUCAAAAAGAUCCCUCUUGUUAUUGUGAAGUUCUUUGAUGAAGAUUCAUAUGAAUAUGUUAAGAGUUGGUCAUCAAUAUAUCCAUACAAUUGUGAAAGGAAAAAUGAUUUCAUCAAAAAAGGCAUGGCCGGUUUCCGGUCCAAACAUCCCCACAUGGAAAAAUUCCCCAAGGACGUUACGACAGCUGAAGAAAAAACCGGCGGGAACCCGAAUAUCCUCAGCGAUCCUAUUUUCAUCCCAGAAAAGAGAACGAACAUCGUUGCCGAAAUUUUCGGCACCCCAAGUCCGAAAGGGAAAGGUCUAAAGGACAAGAAGCAACGUCACUCAAUGAAAAAUUCGUCGAGAGAUACUGCUUACAUCACCCAUAGAAGAUUCCUCGGGGCCGAUGAUUACAAAGCCUACAUCUGCAUUCAGUAUCCAGGGAAAGACAGAACGUUUAACGAUUCCGAAGAUGAGGAAGUCAUCCGCAUCAACAACGAACCCGAACAAGAAUUCACCUGCCACUCUUGCAGCUUCACCACCAAACGUUUGGAAGUCUUGGUACUACACACGAAAUCUCACAUACAAGGUGAUUAUGUACCCGGUCCUAGGAGGCCAAAAAGGCCGGUGGCAAUUCGGAAGAAGAGAGAAAAGACCAGAAAAUCUCAUGUGGGAGACGCCACAACGGAAACAGAUUCCAAUUCGAGCGAUAACGACGUCUUGCAACCUCCCAAGCAGAAAAAAAGGAAAACCAAAAGUAGUGCCACAAGAAAGUCUUCUAACGCUGAGAAAGAUAAAUCGGCGAGGAAGAGUGACGUCUUGUCUGAUAGCAGGGAGGAAAACGAACCAAAAAAGAAAACCGACAUUCGCAGCGAUCUAUUGGCAGAGUGGGGUCUGAGCGAAGAUGAAAUGUGCACCACAAACGAAGAUUCUAUCCAGCACGGUGUUACUGAAGACGACAGUAGACUAGCUGAAAGCUUGGACGAUACCGGUAGAGAAGAAUCUUCUGCCGUAUUCGAUGAGACGAUGAACGAAGUUUCAUCACAAGAAGAAGAUGCCAAAGAGACAGUAGAAGCCGAAGAUGAUGUAAUUAUUGAAGAAGAGACUGUAAUAGUCGAAGAAGACAUUGUAACAAUCGAGGAUGACGUAAUAGAACCGGAAGCAAAGAAAACUGAGAAACCAAAAAUGGAUAAGGAGACUCAGGAAGCCAUCAAGUCUUGCUUCGACUUCGACGAAGACGAAGAGGAUGAGCACGCGAUCAUAAUCAACACAGUUGCUGCGAGUGGCAGAAAAAUUCCAAGGGUGAUUCCGCCUACUGAAAGAAGGAGGUCUGACGACGACUUGUUCGCUCAAGAAGAAGAGUUGCCCGCAUUCGAUAAAGAAGAAAUCUUGAAAGUGAGCGAAAGUUUCAACCGACGAAGUGAAGGUAUCAGCAAAGAAAUAGAUGCCACUUUCAAAGAGUUGAUGGAAGAAACCGUUGUGCCUCAGUUACCUGAGGUGCGUAACACGCUCAAAUGCGAGCAAAAUUUUCACUGUGUCAAGACAAUAAAAUUCCCAGAUAAGCCCGAGGAAAUUGGGAGUUCGCCGAAGAGAAAAAAAUCGGAAGUUCCUGACGACAAAUCGGAAAACGAUCGGACGUCCUCUGUGGACAAGAACCAGCCUGAAACUCCUAUAAAACUCAUCAAUCCAAAAAAGAGAUUUGCGAAAUCAUUCGAGGAUUUUGAGAAAGAGAUUGAACAGAAGGAGGUGAGAAAACAUAAGAAAUAUGUUCGAGGUUCGAAAACAAAGACUGAUAGUGGAAUCGAGAAGGAAAGUCAAUUAGAAAGCACCUCGAGCCAGUUACCUGAAGAUGAACACACUAAUUCUGAGAUCGAAUUAAAAACAAAAAUAUUGUCCAGAAUAGUCGCAGAAGCUAACAUAAAUGAAGAAUCGAAAAUCAAAAUAAUGUCCAAAAUGCAGAAAGAGCAAAGGACUCCUCGCAAUAAAAUAUUGGAGUCAUACUUGAAUGAUAAGAGUAACGAAGUUGUAGAAAUAUCAGACCACGAGACAGUGGAAGAGAAGAAUAAUGACCCAGUAAAUGAAGGUUUACAAAACGAGGUGGUGAACGAAACAGUGCUAGAGAAAACUACAAACAAUAGUGAUGCCAUCGAACAUGGUCCGGUGAUUGUAGAAUCAACGAAUGAAGAAAUAAUAGACACAGUACUGAAAGAAUCCGAUGAUGUCACGAAGCAGUUAAUUGAACCAGUAACUGUAAACUUACCAAUCGAAGAAGUGAUUGAGACAGUAAUAGAAGAUACAACACAACACGAAGAAGCCUCAAACCAGAUUGCACAGCCUGUAAUUAUAGAAGUACCAGAUGAGGAUGUUAUGCUGGAGGAGACAACAAAAAACAGUAGUAAAAACCAGAGGAAAACAUUGGGAAUCUCAAAAAAGAAGAGGAAGUCAAGGAGAGGGAGUUAUCGGAAGAAACACAGGAAUUUGUCGACAAUGGAUGAUGAUGAUAGCGAUCAAGCCGAAACAGGAAACCCCUCAAGUACUCCUCAGAGGGCAGAAGACAAUAUUCCUGAAAGUUCUGUAGCAGACAAUGUGCAAUCAAAGGAUUCAGUGCAAUGUAAUGAAACACCUUUGGAUCUACAACAUGUUGAGGAUCCACAAAAUGUUGAAGAAUUGAGGGAAACACUCGAUGAAAGAAUAGAAGACGAAGUAAUAGAUCUAGAGCAAAUUGAAGAACCUGCUGAAAUAAAUAACGAUGAUUUCAGAGAUAAAGGAGAAGUAAAUGGUUCCGAGGUCGAUACAAUUGCCCAUCAAGUGAACUCUAAAAUAAUUCCUAAAAGUAAGGAAAAAUCAGAAUUUGAGGAAUCGAUUGAAAUCUCAGAUACCGAAGAUGUGGAGGAUGCUACUGUUUCUGUUCCUAAUUAUGAGGACAUCAGUAGUUCUCACAAUGAUACUGCCGAAUAUGCAGAAAUACAAGAAGUAGUAUCUGGAAUUGUGAAUCAGCUAGAGGUAGAGGAAUCUUGCAUAUCAAAAGAUAAUGAUACGACCCAAUCAGAAAAACAGCAAGCAGUAUCUGAAGAUAUUUCAAACAUCUUGAAUCAGCAGGACUCUCAAGAAAAUGAUGAAUUAUCAGAAAAUGAUAAGCAUUCCUUGUCCGAUGAGAUUGAUAGUCAAUCAGAAAUGAAACAAAGGGAUAACAAAACUGAUAAUGAACUAGUUGAUGCUGAUAUUGAGAUUGAAACAACAGCUAUCUCAGAAAUUGAUAAUGGCAAUACUGAAGAGGUUUCUCAACUGGAAGUUGAGGAAUCGCAAACAACUAACGACGAAGUAGAUAUUUGUACUCAAAUUGAAAAAACUACACAGCCAAUAAUACCUGAAGACAGUGCUGAUGAAUCUAGAGAAAAAAUAUACAAAACCGACUCUUCAAACGUAUAUGAAGUUUCUCAAAACGAUGCUGAAGAAAUGAUAGAUUCUGAAGACACGAAGAAUUCCAAAAUUACAGAAGAAGAUUCUCUCUCAUUUGGUCUCCUUUCACAGACCGAAAGAGAAGAUUUCUCACCGAUAGGUCAAGCGAGUCUCCAUUUGCCUGAAGAUGCAAUUUUACAGCCAAAGAAACCGAAAAAACGUAAGCAUUCAAGGCAUAAAUCUUCCUCGAAGAAAAGGAGGCGUUCGAAGGAAACCGAAAAGCCAGUACAAAAAAUUGAGCAGGAUCUUCAUAUCUCUGAAGUUGCCCCUACGGCAACUGAACAGCAAUCAUCUAACGCAAGUCUGUCAGAAGAAAAGUCUACCUCUGAAAUUCUAGCUGUAGAAGCUGAAGAAAUUGUUCAAAUUGAUAAAGUGGAACAAGGUUCUGAUGUUCAAGUGACCGAGGAAACAGUUAUCACUGAAGAAAUUUCUCUAGAUGAUGGCUUGACUACUGUUCCACAUGAUUCGAUACAGGAAACAGUUGUCACUGAGGAAAUCGUUCAUGAAAUUAUUUCAAAUAUUGAACAGCAUGACCAAGAAGAACCUUCCACUGCAUCAGUUGACAAAGUUUGUACUGUUCAGAGUGACAUUGAAUGCGUUGAGAUUAUUGACGAGGAGAUUGUACUGGCCAAUAUCGAGGAAAGUACUGAAAAUAACGACAACACAAUGAACUCUGAUAUUGGUGCCGAAAAGGAAUGUGAUCAGCAGGUGGAUCCAGAUAUUUCACCAAUAACAGAUAUCAAGGAAGAUGCAAAACAUUCCGAAAUAGAUAGUUCUGUCGGUGGCAUUAGUGAAACUGUUGAGAUAGUGAAUAAUGAAGCAACAGUUGAUAAACAUGACGAAAUAUCCAAGUUGGAGCAAGAAACAGACUUACACGAAACUCAUUCUAACAAAGAAGCCUUAGAGGAACCUGAUAUUGACAAAGCUGAAAACAAUUCUGGCAGUGGCGAUGAUUCUGUCGAUCCUGAGACUUUGAAAAAUCAUACCGUCGAAAUUCAUACCCUGGAUAACACCAAUAUUGAAAUUGAAAAGGUACAAGAAGAUACUAUGAGUCAGAAUGUGAUUGAGCCGAACAUAACUUCUGAAAGCAUCACCAAGGAAACAGAAGAAACUACCCAGCCAGUGAUUGUAGAAUCACACCAUGAAACAAUUGAGAAACUACAAGAAAUAUCUAACGAAGGUUUCGUUGAAAUGAAAGAUAUCGAUAUGAAUGGAGAGAUUGAAGGAGGGAAUAUAGUGCAAGAACAAGAGGGCAAUUAUGAUGUUGGCGAAACAGUCGAUCUGUCUGAAUAUUUAGAGGCACCCAAAGAUAGAACACAUGAAAUGAUUGUCGAUCAAAUCACCCAUGAAUCACCUGUUGCAACGAAAGAAAAUGAUGUUGAUAAUUCUGCUGAACUAUCUGUUCAAGGUGGAGAAAAGGAAAUCAUGAUUGAUCAAAGAGAAAAAUCAGAAAGUGAUCAUGAGCCACCUGUCAUUCAAUUAGAACAAACAGUCGGAUCUGAUAUAGUAUUACAAAACGAUCAAACCACGAAGGAUGCUUCAUCUGUUGAUGCAGUGGUACACAAUAAUGAAGUAGAAAUUCAGUGUGCCAACAAUGAGAACGAUUUUCUUAAAUUUUCCAUUCAAACCAACCUAUCGAACCUCUCUAGUCGAGAGGAAUUAUCGGCCUUAGCUCUAACUUCGUUGGCUGAAUUGAAAAGUAGUUUCGACAGUGACAGCAAUACCUCUGCAGAAAGUCCAGAGAAAAAUGAUAUAGUCUUUUCCGAAAAGAUCUCUGAACCGGAAUUGGUUGCUAUAGAGGCAAAUUUGACUGUGGUUUCUGAGAAAGAUUUGGCAGACGGUCAGGUUGAGAUAACUGCAGAAAAAGUUAUAAGUGCGAAGAAACCUUCAGCUGUAUCGCAUUUCUCAGUUGAUUUCUCAGAUUCGACAAACGACAGUAUUAGCACCGUUGAUACUUGCGAUGCUAGUAAGAUAAUUGAAUUUGAUUCCAAGGGCACUGAGUUCAGCUCCAAUGCUAUGACAAAGGAGAUGAGGCCUAAGGCUGAUAAUAAGAAAUCUAAUACCUACGAGCGAUGUGAAUUACUCGAUAUACUCGAAGGGAACUCUGAUUUUGAUAAAAAAGCAGACAUUAAAUCAAGAGGCAAAGCAUUCACGGACGAUAUCUGCGAUUUCGAGGAGCACAUUCCAUCACAAAUCGUAUGCUCUGCUAAGUUCAAGCAAGACAUCGAUGAGAUCAAAGAUGAAAUGAAAAAGAAAGAGUCUCCUACUAAGUCUUCCAUCAUGUCUACUACUACUAAGUUGAUGGAGAGAUUGACCGAAGACAAAACAACCGACCAUAGCACCGCCAUUACAGCUAAGGAUAGUCCUACUGACACUAUUCUGGUGACACAUCAAGAUGUCAUUGUCAACACAGCAGGUCAAUUAUGCAAGAAGAACUCGCAAAAUACCACGAAACUGAAAGUCAAACCAAUAAUCAUUUCAGAACAAAUCAUAAGACCAGCGAGCAGCAAGGCAGGGAGAGUAACCGAAAAACCCCAGCAGACCUUGAUGGAUGAUAUUGAGGAUGUGGAAGCUUUUGUUAUCCACAAAGAUCUCAAAAAGCAUAUCGAAGAAAAAGAGGUAUUGCCAAAGGUCCUUUCUCCUACCAAACCACCAAGAAAGUCAAGUAGACCUAGAGGUGCUGGGAAGGCGAAGAUAUUGCAACAGACCAUCAUCACUCCUGCCGGCGAGAUUAUACAACCUGCUACCAGCAAAGCAAAAAAAUCCACUGUGAAACCCAUUUUGGGUAAGCCAACAAUCUUAAAAUCACCUACCGUGGACAUACCUUCACUUAGUCCUUCCAUCGCCUCUUCAUCUGUAAAAACGCAGAUAUUGAAAACGACUCUCACUGCAGCAGUUACAGCUGCUGUUAGCCUACCUACAAUGAGCCCAGUGUCAAUUAACACUUCACAAGAUGAUAACGAAUUUGAUAUCAAUUCCAUGCCAAUAGUUUUAUCAGAUGAAAUAUUGACCCCCGAAAGUAUAGAAAACAUGCCAAUAGUGAUUGGUGGCGAUACAGUGACCAAGACCGAAGCACAAACAAAGAUGAUUGUGAAAAAGACUGUACCUCCUAAAAUUAUUACAAAAGUCACGACAGUCACAGCGCCACCUGCCGUAACCACGAAAACCAUUACCACCCCGAAAUUGAGUAGGCCAAGGAUUCUACAAACUGUUAGUAAACCAAGCAAAACCCCUACCUCCAUGCCACCAAGUACGACCAAGUCGGGCAAAUACAUCUUGGUACCACAAGGUUCGCUAGGGAUGCCCCAACAACAAUUUAUGAACAAGAAAGCCAUGGCGAAAAGAUCUGUAUCCUCCGGUUCUCCCAGUGUGGCUCCCGAACCUACAGGAAAUAAGAUAAUGAUAGUAACAAAUCAGCAAGGACAACAGCAAAGGUUACUUCUCACUCCGGCACAGCAGAAAAUGCUAGGGUACCAAAACCCAGGACAAAAACUCGCCAAAGCCGUAGUGAAGAGUAACAUGUUGCCAAAAACUAUCUUGUCUCCUAAGGGUGUACCGCCUCUCGAACCUGUAGUGUCUAAGAUCCCCACCAUGAUGACUCAUAAAGCGAGUGCCAGUCCUAGUUUAGUGCCUAUCACCAGCCAGCCUAUGACGUCAGCCACGCUUACUGGCAGGGGACUCAAAACAGUAACCAAAAAAGCUACUACUUUGACUCAAAAACCGCAAGGAGGCAAGACUCCCAAGACGAUUCUCAUAACCACCAAGCACGGUCAGACAGUCAAGAAGAUAACUACCACUGACGAUGACAUUGAGAAGCAGGUGGCAGCACAGCUGGAAGCUAUCAAAGCCAGUGCUGGGAUGAAGUUCGGAACUAGCUCGAAGUUCGCGGAUCCCGGAAACAAAAUCGUCCAUAAAGCUCCCAAGAGGUCCUAUCCCAAAAAGGUUGAGCCGAAACAGAAACCGGUACCGAUGCUGUCCAUUCCAUCUCCGGCUUCACCUAGAACUGAAGCUUUGGGUACUCCUCCUCCGCUAGUUGGCACAUCCAAAAAGCCGCCAGUGCCUGUGACUCAACCACCUCCUUUGCCAGAAGAACCUGCUAAGCCGGAAAGACCCUUGAACCAGCUGGUUAUCCAAGACGCGGUGGGCAACCAGACGACCAUAACGGAAGGUCAGAUCCUGGCUUUGCCGAACGAAACCAUAGGGGGUCAACCCCACUCUUACGUCUUGGUGACUCUGGAUCAUUCCGGGAAUUUAACGCCUUUGAAUAACGAGGCGCUGAUGUCGCUGGACCCGAAUUUGAGCCUGGGAGGGGAUUUGAGCAAUAUGGUAUUGCAGAUCGAUCAGGGGACUUUGAGCAGCGGGGUGGAACAGCCUUUGCCGCUGGCUCAGGCUGCCACAGUGAAGCUGAGCCAUCCCGGAGAAACUCUACAAGCAGGCACUUCCAAAAUAGAAAUCCCCGUCAACAACGCCUCGGUGUCCAUACCGAUGAUAAACACCGAAUACCAAGAACCCCCCCUACCACAGGAACUUACCAUCCCUGCUGCCCCUACCAACGUGCAGACCAUUGUCCCUAGCACGAACGGCGAGCCGGGCCAACAGCUGAUAGUCACUGGGGACCCGAUAGCCACGCAGAAGUUCUUGGAGUCGCUCACAGAGGGCUCCACGGAUUUGGCUAAUAUUAUAGCCAAUGCUGAAGGGAAGAGCAUUUUGAUUCAAGCCGGCGACCAGCAGAUCCUCAUCAACGCGAAUAAUGAUAGCCAGAUGAUGAUGUCCGAGCAUUUGGAGGGUACGAAGGGCGUUUCGAAGCCCAACAGGAGCACCGACAUCUUGGCCGCCGCAUUGGCAGACACCGACGUUUUCCCGCCGCAAAAGACGAGUCCCAGCGGAGGCGGCCUCUAUCCGAUGGGCGUGGGCGGCGUGCUGGAGACCAGCCUGACGCUGGGCGCGCCCAUAAUGACGCCCCUGGAGGUGCCCAGCACCAACGCCAAGAAGGUGGAGGAGGACGUGCUGGCGCAGGUGCCGAAGAAUGUGGAUCUGCCCAUCACCAUCACGGAUCCGAACAUAUCGCAAACGGUGGCGAAUCAACAGAUGUUGGUAAACGAGCUCGGCGCCAAUUUGGACAUGACCUUGUCCGGCGUGCCGACAGCGAUGACCAGCCCCGGGUUUUCCUUUUCUCUGCCCUCCCUGGAGGAAAAUGUCGACCAUCUUGGCCACAAGCCCUUCAACAGCAGUAUGCCCUUGCUCAACGACGAGGCGGAGGAGGGCGGCGCGCUGGGGAGGAGGUCUGCGAGAGGGGAGGAGGCGAAGUCGAGGAGGCACGGCAUCCCCGACGGAUCUUUUCUGGAGGUGGAAAGCCGCUUCACAUUGGGCGGCGAAAUGUGCAGCUCCUUGAGCGAACCGCCCCCGGAAAUGUUCGACAUCUCGGAGGUGAACAACUUCAUGGACAAGCGCUCCACCCCCCAAAGCACAUCCGACCCCAGCGAGGGACUGUCCAAGGACGGGGACACCACCGACUUUUCCACGCAAGCGGAAAGUUCCAACGAGGGGUCGUGCGAGAUCCCGAUCCAAAAGAAAAUCGUGACGAGGGAUUUCCGGUUCGGAGGGUCCGAGGGGAGCCUGUAAAUUUGACUGAAACUUUCUCUUCUUCGCUCUCCCUCUCCUCUUUAGUCCAGGAAUGUUAG